GCUUCAUGACAGCAGUUCACUAACCAAUGGGUGACGUCCAGGUAAGUUGUCUCUUGACUGUUUGGGAGGAGCAAGAAAGAGAGACAGGAAUACAGGAAACACACAACGUGUUAAGUUUCGAUUCUUCUUUCUACAGGAGACACUUCACUUCAUCACUGUAAUCUGAAGCAGAGAAAUGGAUGGUCUACCAGAGAUUAAACUGGAAAUCCCUCCAACGUCAACACAUCCUGUAAUACUGUUUGUAAUUCAAGGCAACCGCAAGAGCCUCAAAAUAUUUCUGAGGGACAAUGACAUUAAUGGACUGUUCCCCUGCACUGAGUUGGAUGAUGAUAUAACACCACUGAUUGCUGCUUUUGUAUAUCAAAAGAGGGAAAUUGUCCUUUACCUUCUUAAGGAGAAUGGCGAUCCAAAUGUUUGUUCCAAAACGUCUUUGACACCUUUGCAUUACAUUGGAUGGUACAAUGCACCUGCAAUUUGUGCAAGGAUGUUACUUGAUGCAGGUGUUGAUCCAAAUGGACAGUUACCACAGCCACUCACACCUCUGCAAAUAGCCAACAUUUUUGCCAGGGAUGAUUUCAUGAAAGAGCUCCCCUCUGCUGGUGAACCGGUAGACUUGAUACAAGGGACUAAACCUGAAGAUCAUUCUUUCAAUCAUAAAAUAGCUCAGACACUUUUUAGGUUGGUUUCCAGUGGAGAUGAACUAUGCUCUGGAUUAAGAGAUUUUGUGGAAUUUAAAAUUGCUACACCAAGAAAAACAAACCCAGAAGAAGUGUUAAGAGCUUUUGACAGUCGUAUGCUAUGGGUUGGAAACUUGCCGUCUGUUGAACAUGCCGUUAGCAUCCUUAAAUCAGCGAGGAUAACGUCAAAUGAUGAAGUUGGCAUUGCUUCAACUGAUCCAGCAGUUCCAGCUGAAGCAUCGGGAAAACACAACUGGCUACAAAUUAGCGAGAGGUGGAGGGGAAAAUUAGAGAGGCUUGUACACUGCUUAAAGAGUGAUGAAAGUAAAGUCAUCAGAAUUGGAAGCAUUGCUUACAUCAGUGAUGUUGACUUUCGCAUAGCGAAAGGAAGCGAUGGAACUGAAGUCUUCUUGGGGCUGAGAGGAAGCGAUGGCCAAGAAAUUGCGAUUAAGAGAAUGUCUAAAACCAACUAUCAAGUGCUGAAGCAUGAGGUAGAACUUCUGAGACUUCCGAAACUGUACGAUAGCUGUGUUGUGAAAUAUAUUGACUUUGCAGAACAUGAGCACUUUGGAUAUCUUUUUCUUCAACUUUGUGAAUACAACCUGGAAGAACAUAUCAGAAACAAUGAUGGCAUUCUGCGUCCAGAGAAACUUGUCCAUGACGUCCUUGACGGUUUAAGGGCACUUCAUUGUCAAGGGCCCCAAAUUCUCCACCGAGAUCUCAAACCACAAAAUGUUUUGAUCGAUGUGAACGGAAGGGCAAGAUUAGCUGAUUUUGGCAUAAGCAGACGUUUGCCUAAAAAUCAAACUACUUAUCACACACGCAGUGCAGGAACAGAAGGCUGGAUGGCCACAGAGACUUUAAAAGAAGACGGUGACAUACGAUACAAAUCGAGCACAGAUAUACAGGUGGCAGGAAUGCUGAUUUAUUUCAUCCUCUCCGGUGGACACCAUCCUUUUGGUGGUGAACGCUAUAAGCUUAUGUCAAACAUUAAAAAGGGGAAGUAUAAGUUGGAGCACGUUCAAGAUGUGGUGGCCAAGGAUCUCAUCGAGAAGAUGAUCGAUAAAGAACCAAAGAACAGACCCAGAGUGGAAGAGUGCUUGAGUCAUCCCUUCUUCUGGACCAGCACAAAGAAAGUACAAUACUUGAGGCAGGUUGGGAACAUGAAGGAGGUGGCAAGCCGAACAAAUGUUAACCAGGAGUUGAUUUUGAUGCUGGAUGAAUGUGCUGAGGGUGUUCUCUACAAUCAGUGGAAAACUAAGUUUUCACCCGACCUGUUGCUGAGGGCAGAUGACAAGAAGAAACCAUACCCUGAAAACAUACUGGGAUUACUCCGCUUCAUGCGAAACCUCCAAGAGCACUAUCCCGAUGAUGCAGCCAGCGUUGAUCUGACAUCACUGUUUCCUCAUCUCUUUGGAUGCGUUUAUAAAUUCACCAUAAGGCAAGGGUGGAAUUUAGAGAAUCCCCUGAAGGAAAUGUUCAAACCAGAAAAGACAGGGGGCGCCAACAGACAUGAAGUUGAACCCAUAAACGAUGAAGAGCACGUUGGCCUUGCAGUUCAAGAAUCUGAACACACUUUCACUGAGCCAACUGCAGAUGCCAAAAGCAGCAUCGGCCGUAUCUAGUCCAGUAGAGCUAACCUGGGUAGACUCUGCAUUGAUGAUGAAACUGCACCAUUCAUAGAGACUAAUUGAACAGGUAGUUUAAAUAAAUGUUAAUCACUGCCUCCUAUAUUUGUCAAUAGAUUUGUAUUAACAGUACCUAGGUCCCGAGCUUUGUAUUAAACUCCAAAAUUAACAUGGUGCUGUUUUCCUCAGAUUCAGAAGUCCAAGGCUAGUCAUCAAAAUAUUCCUAUUUCACUAUAUUAUGAUUAUUCAGUAUUUUAUAAUGUAUAAUACAGGACAAUAAAUUUAUUUGAAUUUUCUAUAUACAUUUUAUUUGUAUUACUGUAGUUUGAGAGUAGUGAUCAUAUUUCACUAAAGCAUGCAGACUCCUUGAAUUGCAUUCUUACAUAUUGAGUUAUAUACAUCAAGUUUUUAUCAAUAGGAUGAGUAAAGUAAAGUAAAUUGAUUUCAAGGGACUUUCUUUUCACUUCAGUAUUUUGUCCAUGAUUUUGAUAACGUUUUUACACUUGACCUUGAGACUUAAAAGGAACAAUUAAAAAAUGUUCUGCCCACAGUAGAUUCUUAUUUACAAAGUUGAGGAUUAUAGUGAAGUAAUGUGAUCAGAACAAUCAACAAUGCAGAGUCAUAAAGUGCCAAAUCUACAUUACCUUGAAAAAUUAUAAAUUUUGAUUUGAGUCCUUUCAGGUUCUUGAUCUGUCAAACAUGUGAAAAUAUGAUUGUGAGAUUUUUUUUUAUCUUAUUUCGAUGUGUUCAUGUGAUGCUACUGCCCAUCCUGCCCGUACCCUUGUGCGAGAGCUUGUGUGGGUGCAAACGUGAACGUGGCUCCCGAGUCGCUUUGGAUCGAAUUGAAUGCCUGUUCAGGGAAACAGCAGAUUUUGUAUAUAUAUGUAUUCAAUUGUUUUAGAGCUUAUUACAACAUUACAUAUUUAGUGCAGAAUUUAAUGAGACUGUUGUGCCUUUUGCAGAAGUAUGUGCUUGACCAUGUGCCAUUCGGACUGCACUGUAUUUUAUAUUCAUUCAGACUUUCAGAGAUCUGAGUUUUUAAGAGGAGAAGAGGGUUCCUGAGGGUAGAAAAUUGAUCCAUUUGGAUGUAUAGAUUUGUACAAUCCCCUUUGUUAAUGGUUUUAUAACCAUAAAGAAAGAACCAGAACCUCAGGGAAUAUCAUUUUACAAAUAUUGAUUUAUUCCCAUUUGGGACAUUUGAGGAUGGAACCGGUUUGGUUGCCACCUACCUCAUGUUCCGGUGGUAAUGUACAGGAUGUUGCCUUCUGGGUUUCAUUGAGCCACAGUGCCUCCCGCUGGCCGUGAUAAAGUAUCACACACCUUUGUUUUUUUCACACAGAGAAUGAAAUGAAAGCACAAACCUUUAAUUAUCAAAGCUGAGAUCACAGUUGUUAGAGUCUAGUUUAGCGGUAAAGAUUACUGGGUGCUAGAGAUGAUAUCGUGUACAAUAAGAAAAAUUAAGUGGUUUUUGGGAUGAAUUAUUCAGGACUGGAUAUAGUUCAAUGCUUUCUUAGACAAAUGAAUAUGAAUAGAAAAUCCUCAGUUAGAUACAAUUUUAGCUCAGAGGUACUCAAAGUGACAAAGUAGACAUGAGGUGUGUUUAGGUGAUGUCAGGGAAAUUCCACCUUCUUACUAGUUUGUAAAAAAUAGCACCGGUUGUCGGACUGCUAACUUUGUAACCUUUGUUUUAGGCUGUCACUAAGAAAAUGCUCCACAUUACUGAAGUCAGUGGACUCAAACAAAUAAAUACAUUCAUCCAAGGACAAAUGUGUGAGCCCAAAAAUGAAAGGAAAAUAAAUCGACGGAAACAGAUCCACUUGAGUUGAGAUGUUUUCUGUCCAAAAAAUGAUGUUUGCCAGAUUCUUUAGCAAUGAGCCUAUCAAAAUCAGAAGUCUAAAAGUACUUAUUAUUAAGUGAAUGGUAUUGCAUUUUUUUUUUUAAACAUAAGGGAAUAUGCAGGCUUUACAACAUGCAGAUUCUUUUCUAUUAUUUAGUUUUAAACGUGUUGAAUGUUAUUCUCAAAAUAUACUGGAAGUUUAAUCAGUUGUGUAUGAAAAUAAAUGUGUAAAUAUA